AUGGAAGGGCUAAUGAGAAAAUAUAGCAUCAUGCAUAAAGUAGCUACGGCCUACCACCCACAAACUAAUGGCCAAGAUGAGGUUUCCAAUCGGGAGAUUAAACGCAUCUUGGAAAGGAUUGUGAAACCAAAUAGGAAAGAAUGGAGUGCUAAGCUCACUGAUGCAUUAUGGGCUUACCGAACGGCAUACAAAACACCAAUUGGCAUGAGCCCCUUUUGGUUGGUGUAUGGCAAAGCUUGCCACCUACCGGUGGAGAUAGAGCACAAGGAAUAUUGGGCCAUCAAGGAGUGCAAUCCAAGUUUGGAUGGAGCCGGAGUUUAG